GAGAGUGGGGGGGUCUGACUCAGUGAUGGAGAGCCAGGGGCAGUGUGUGAGUGCAGUGUAGGGUUGGCCUCACUCUCUGGCUCUCUGCCCUCUCAUCUGCUCACUGACUUCUUGCUGCCGGGGACAUGCAGAUAGAGGCUGCGGCACAUGGAUACUAUUCCUCCCCGCCACUGAAUUACCCGGUGAAUUACGUGGUGCCCAUCAGAGGGAUGAACGCACCUUCACUGCACCCGCAGGUCCUGGGGCCGGGUGUCAGCCCCUCACUGGGCUCCCCCACCCAGCUCCACUCGCCUGUCAACGGGAUGACAUCUCCUUUUUCCGUCAUCAGCUCCUCCAUGGGCUCACACAGCAUGUCAGUCACCUCCACGUCCUCCAUGGGGUAUGGAGGCAGCAGCCCGCAGGUAAGCACGGCUGGGGAGGGGAGGCAACUGGGGAGAGGAGGGGAAGAGAUUGGGGAAGGGGGUCGACAUGUCAAGGACGUGGGGCAGGGCUGUAGGAAUGUUUGCUGUCAGGACAUCUAUGGGCUUUAGUUGCUGCAAACACAAAUAUUGAUUCGAGAGAGAAGUUGCAUUUUGCCGUUAUCUUGUUGAUCUGUCUCAAAGCCCUUCAUGGUAAUUA